UUUCUGACCAGCCAGGAGUUUAUCGGAUAGUGUGGUGUUGUGAUCCCCAACUAUUUUUACUGCAAGAAUUUUCUUAAAAAAAAUUGUGCGCAAGGGGCCUUUUGUUGAAGAGCAGGACAUGUUCGUAGCUUGAAUGGAGACGGAAAUGCUGCUGAAGCCUGGAUAAUAGAACACUAAGUGGAUUGAAGGAGAGAGAGCGAGAGGAGGCGGUCAGGGAGUGGACACGAGGGAUUACGGAUUAAUCCGGGACAGAGCCAGUCCCAGCACUGGCCCUUCUUUUGAGAGGCAGACAGAGAGCUGUGGAGAUUAUUGCGCUCGGUUUGUCGGCAUUUAAGAGCUUUAGCGUUGUAUCAGACUUCUGUCUGCUUCUUGGAAGGAAAAAACGGACGGUAAGGGUGACUGCAUGAGCUGAAGCACAACGCCGGGAUGCGGAAGGUCAUCCGUUGAAGAAGAGGAGUAAGGGAAUACUAGGGCGGAGCAGGACCAUGGACUCCUCUGGGCCUGAUCUGGAGGGUUGGGGAGGCCACAGACAGGACCUGCAUGUCAUCAGUGACUGAAGGAAAGGUUGCAGCAGCUAAGGAUUGUACCUGGCUUGUCACCUGACCACGGAUUCCACGUACAGAAAGGGAUCACAGAAAUUCCAUCUCUGUCUUCCAUCCAAUUCCCUUUCAGUGAAAACUAAUGAUGAAUGGCUUCAAUUUGUGACCCCGGUCAUAUAUUCAGCUGAAACUGGAAUUAUUUCUGAACAUAAAAUUUAUGUAUAAACAGAAACCUGAAAAACAGUGGACUUCAUACCUCCAACCACUGAGCCUUCAGCUUCCAGACCCCAGGAUGUGUAACGGGAGAUGUUCCACUGAAGUGUUCUGGAUUCUGCGAACAAUGAGUGACAUGGACUUGAACUGGGACAAGCCGUCUGUGAACAGACUCUGCUCGUGAAUGGCACUCUCGACGAUACCAUUCAUAAUUAUCGGAACAUUUUUUUCACCCCCACUUUCCUGGAAGGAAGGGGAUUUUUUUUAUUUUAACUUUGCUGAAAUUAAGGAAUUUUACCCCAUAAAACUGUCUUUACUUGGCAUUUAAAUUAGCAUUAACUGAAUAUUAUCUGAAUUCCCAUAAAAGUGCCCAUUUGGUCAGCAUCAUGAGUCUGGGUAAGCUACCCGGGUUAAAGGGCUUGGUGUCAAGUUCCCAGGGCAAACGUCGCUUUAAGAGCGACCUGUCCGUCGAUAUGAUCAGCCCCCCGCUGGGCGACUUCCGCCACACCAUGCACGUGGGCCGUGGUGGGGACGUCUUUGGCGAUACCUCAUUCCUUAGCAACCAUGGGGGAGCAGGCGGGGGUGAGGGGGACCUGGACUCACCCGGGGACAGGGGGUCCGGGACUACCAGUUUCUUCUCUCGCACCUUGCGACAUGUGCGCAAGACCCCUGCCCGACCCAGGGGGGGCUCCAGGGACCUCUCCCCACCACCACCCCCCGUUUCCCCCAUCAUCAAAAAUGCCAUCUCAUUGCCACAGCUGAACCUGGAUGCUUCCAACGGCUGCCUGCAGAAGGUGCUGUUUCCUAGCUCACCCAGCUCGCCUGGGGACAUCGCAUACUCGUACGGUGUGCAGUCUGGCUUCCUGACACUGCCUCGCACGGCCCGCACCGACCGGCAGAUGCAAGAUACUUCUGGAAUGUACUCCCCUGACCUUCGUCACGAGUCCCUCCCAGAUGAUGUUGGCUUCUCACUUGGGCGCUCUGACUCCAUGACCUCGUUCACCCUGGACCUGGGGCCCUCCCUCAUGAGUGAGGUGUUUGCCCUGAUUGACAGCCCCAGCUGUGGUCAGAUGGCCAAUCUCAGUUGGAUGAAGGAAGAGCAAGAUACCUCGGUUGACCUGGCCAUCGACCGCCCUGCAACCCACUCCGUCACGGAUUUAACAGCAGAACCACCUUUGCAAAAGGACCUCAAUGGCAGGCAGAGCCCAGGGAUCCAGGCUUGGGUGGAGGACAGAGGAGAGUAUCAUUCUAACACAAAGCCAGAUCUUGUAACGGGAUCCAUAACAAGAGUGGAGCCGGGCAUGGAGGCAGAGAGGUUUCAAAGGGCCGCGGACGUGCUGGCACGUCACUACGGUGGAAGUGGCCUCAUGAAGAGGCAAGUGCAGACUGAUGACAGGAACCUCCCACACUGCAGUCCAAGCCUUGACCCAAGCACCAGAACCCAGAAGAGAGCACCUUAUGCCUACCCUGAAGAAGAAGAUGAGAUCAAAGUCUGAAAAAGUGGAUGCGUCAGUAUUUAGCACACUCAUACAUGUCUUCAGGUUUGUGUGAUAAGAAGAAAACAUCUCAAAAGUCUAUGUACAUCCCAGUUAUUCAUUAUGUAUCUUCCGGCGUUAUAGAUACUGCAACUGAUAGGAUCAACACCCCUAUGGAGUUUGGGUUCCUUGAUUCAACGGGACAUUGACUAUUUUAGUAAAUAAUCACUCCUCAUUCAGCAAUUUGGAGGUGAUGAUUCAUCAGUAGGGCAACACUAGCAGGGUUGCAGAGGAAAAGCUCAGGAUGUCCGUAGAGGGUAACAAGGGCAGAGCUAAGGGCAAAGGUAAAGAGAGCACUGGACCAUCUCUAAUGUGGAGGACAAAGAGAAGAAGUGAAAUUUUACUUGGCUGUGUCAAAUGGCAAAGAAACUCAGUGUGGCUCGACCUGUUAUAAAAAGGACUGAUUGUGCGAGAUCUAUUUUUACUCAGGUUAAUGAAUGCUGAAAGUGUUUUAUACAGAAUGCUUGUUUUACCCAUAUACACGCUAAGCUAUAAUUGCACAAGUCUUGCAAACUGAAGAUAAUGCGGAAAGCUUUUUCAAAAGUGUUUGUCUAAUUAAUGUAAAUACUUUGUGUGUUUUAGUUUGCAAAAUUUUCACUACAUAUUACCUUGUACCUUAUCAUUUGUUCUUAGGAGCAGGAUCUUGGCAACCUAAUACAUAUGAUCCUAACCCACAGUACAGAUUGUAACAGGAUGCUGCCUGAAUUUAGUAAGUAAUAAUCUUUUUGUGUGAAUUCACCAGGGUCUCGCACUGGGAAGUACACUGAGUGCAAAACAGAAGGCUGAGUUUUUUUCCGUAAGAGGUUGUCUGUAUGUACGAAGUAAAAGAUGUAACCAGCUUUACCUUUAAAGGAUCUCGUUGCACAAAUGCGGAAUAUCAUAUAUUACAUUGCUUAAAAUCCCUUAAAUAUAUUGCAUUAGUCCCAAGUAAAAUGGUCUGAUUCUAUAGUUAACUGUUACUCUAUGAGUAUGAAGUACAUAUGUAAAUACAGUAUAUGGUAACAUUUAUACCAAGCAUAGCUUCAGCCUACAGCAAUGGGUAUCAUUUAAGUAACGGAAUUAACCAUAAAUACGUAUUGCAAUGCUUUCAAUAUGGAAAGAAUGUACUCCUUGUAUACACUUUUGAGUAACGAGUUCAUUAAGGUAUAAAAGUUACAUAUAUGAAUGCUCUAAAAGUAUACAGAACAAACUCAAGUGUAACUGGUGCACUUACAGAGAAUAACAAGAUUCUAAUAAUUAUA